UCUGGAUUUUGGCCCGUCAGAAGCCUCUCCACUGGUGUGUCCUCGUCUUCCGUCUCAACCGGCCUUAAUCACACCCCAGACAGCCUCGACGGUGUCACGACCCCUUGGCGCCUGGCGACCGGAGCCCUACAGCCUCCCGCCACAUGGUACCAAUUUGAGCCGCCCACCUUUUGUACAGUUUCUACUGAUGGCAGUGACGGCGAGUCAACUGGCCCGACGCCAGUCGUCCAGACAACCGUCAGUAUGGACUCGACGCUUCUGCCCGGCCAAGCGACCUACAACUCGGCAUCUGACCACCACCACCAGCAGCAGCAUCCGUGGUUGCUCGGGGCUCUGCCGAAGACGACACCAGUUGUCUGCUGUUGCCCUCUCGGGAGACCGUUUGCCUCGUCCGCCCACCUCGGAUUGUCGCCUUUCGACAUGUUCGCCAACAGGGGCCGUGCUGCCGAUUCAAGAAUGGAGGGCUGUGCAUCAGGCCUCGACUUUCGUCAUGUCGCCUCGGCCCAACUCGGCCCAAUGACGUCAACGACAACAUCACCAUCACCACUGGGAGCAACAAUAAAAGCCCCACUAGCCUCGCCGACUUCUGCAAAUAUUGGUCAACUCGACGUCUAUCCGGACAAGCUGACUAUGCUCGGCCGGACGGAGGCUCCUCCGGCCCCUUGGCUCGACAAAGUGCGUCCCAUGAGUUUGCUUCCCGCCAAUUUAGCCAGUAGCAGCAGCAGCAGUAGCAGCAGUAGUACUGCUGGUGGUGAUGGGGCUGAAAUGGCAGAGGCAACAGCGACAGCUUCAGCCGAUCCUUGGUCACGACAUGGCAUGGAUCUGCACGCAAAACCACCCUUCUCCUACAUCACCCUGAUUGUGUCGGCAAUGAACUCGAAGCUGGCCAAGCAAAUCACACUCAACGAGAUAUACAGUUGGAUAAUGUCAAAUUUCGCUUAUUACAGAAAGAAUACGCGUAGCCCCUGCUUCUCAGCAGGUAUUCGCUUCCAGACUGGACCGAACUAA